CACUUGUUCUUUCAAUUUCCCCAAAACCAGACCUAACCUUCCAUCCAUUUCCUUCCACCUCUUUUCUUCCCUCUACCUCUCUUUUACGGAUUCCAGUAUUGGCUGCUCAAGAUGAAGAUAAUGGUUGCUAUCAAGCGAGUUGUAGACUACGCCGUUAAGAUCAGAGUUAAACCUGAUAAGACAGGUGUCGAGACCAAGAACGUUAAGAUGUCCAUGAAUCCGUUCUGCGAGAUAGGACUGGAAGAGGCCCUGAGGAUCAAAGAGUCAGGCCUAGCCACCGAGGUCGUCGCCGUCAGUUUGGGCCCUAGCCAGUGCGUUGAUUCCCUGCGGACUGGUCUUGCCAUGGGUGCUGACAGGGCUAUCCACGUGGAGGCUAAUUGUGACUUGUACCCUCUCCCUGUUGCUAAGAUUUUGAAGAAACUGGUUCAAAUUGAGAAUCCUCACCUUCUUUUUCUUGGCAAGCAGGCAAUUGAUGAUGACUGCAAUCAAACAGGGCAAAUGGUCGCGGGGUUGCUUGGUUGGCCACAGGGGACUUUUGCCUCAAAGGUUGUGCUGGAUAAGGAGAAACAGAUAGUUACUGUGGAUAGAGAAGUGGAUGGAGGUCUUGAGACUUUAUGUUUAGACUUGCCUGCUGUAAUUACUCUCGGAACUGGGAUGUGGUCAGGGCCUUGACACUUGAAAGCCUUGAAAUGAGCUUGGUGCUUGCUCGGUAGACGUGCGACCUUUACGGCCUAUUUUGAGGCUUCUUUUACAGAACCUCAGAAUUCAUGAGUACUCACUGGACUUAGGCUUCAUAAUUGAUACUUUAUUAAUAACCUGAUGAACAUACUUAUAGGGGAAACUGCUGAACCAGACUCCUGGAUUGUAAACCUAAUCUGCCUCCUAAAUUUAAUGUUAAAUAAAUUCCUAAAGCAAAUUCCUGACUGAGGUAUCAAUUGAAUCCUGAGCCAAUAGUCCCAACUCUCUUUUAAGAGAAGGCCAUAUCCAACACAUUCAACAUAAUCCACCAUUUAAGUAAGUGACAUUCUUCUUCCACUCAUAAACCCUGUGUACAUACCGGAUACCAGUGAACUUAUCACGUGGAUCCCACUAUUUUGUGCAUGACAAUACUCCAUGUAGCUUAUCCUUGUGCAAUAGUGUUGGAUCGCAAACACAUCCUCCCACCAAGAGAUUGCUGGAUCAAGGCCUUCCUAAUGGACCAAAAAUUCCUUCCUGCCUGCACCUGCUGAUCGAAAACUGCCUUUACAUUUGGUAGGACCUGACCAUUUGACACUGUCCGAAGAGUAUGUUGGCUUGUUGCUAUUAAAUUGCUCGAGGCAUGACACAUGGAAAACAAGAUGGACUAGUGAGUCUGCUGGUGUGCUAGCCAGUUAACAACAAUACUAAUCUGAUCAAUUUUAAAAGGCCCAUAGAAGCGGUGUAUCAACUUCUUAUUGGGACAAUGGGCCAAUUACAGCAGUACUUAAGAGUGAAGACAAAGCAACAUCCGACCACCAACUUGGAAAUGGACUUCCACAAUGACGAUCAUGCACAAGAGCACUUAUUGUAACUUAAGCUUGUUGAAGAGGUUCACUGAGAUCCUUUCAGGAGUUGGUCUCUAGGUCUAUUUCUUGGCCUUGGCCAACAUGGGGCAAUAGGGAAGUAGUUUUGGACCAUAGACCACUUCAACAAUGAGGUUUUGGGAGACGAAUGAAGUCUUGUACCAUAGCAAUAUUCUGCCCAAGACAACAAGCAAGUCUACUUUUGGGGCGAUCGUUAGAAAAAUAACAGAGAUACCUCUUAAUUUGUACACUUGACCACCUCAAGCUGACCAUUUGAUUGAGGACUGUAGGCUAAGCUAAAUGUGAGUUUGGUGCGCAAUAGCUGAACCCAGAAGACAUUGUUAAGGUGACAUCUCUAUCAUUGACAAUGGAUCUGAUAAUCAAUGUAAUUUGAAGAUAGAGUCAAAGAACAGUCAUGCUACUUACUCUCGUAUAAGGUUGUAAAGAAUGGUAAAAAGCUUCUCAUAUUUAGAAAAAGUAGUCUACCACCACUGAUGAUGCUGUCUUUUGUAUAUGGGGAAAGGCUCCCUUCACAAGUUCAUUGAUAUGUCUGCUUAAAUAUGUUCAUUGAUAGGAAGAAGCUGUUAAAUUUGUGCUGGUUGCACUUUCAAUCUUGUGCAUUGAGAGAUAAAGCAAAUUUGAACAAAGUUCUUGGGUUUUUUG